AUGGCUCCAUUUCUACCACCCGAGAUGCACGAUUUUGUAAAAAAAGUCCCUGGAUUACGAACAUCUACAUCUUCAAAAGUUUGCUGGAAAGCUAUUGGUUACACGAGCUAUAACAGCAUACUAACUAACGAGCAUUGUACGCCAGUUAUAGAACCAUACUUUGUAAUCAUAUGGAAGUUUUCAUCGACAAAGUCGAGCCUAAUAUUACAAAUCUUAAUGACAAAGCGCAUAUUGGCUAUUGAACAUCCAGUCGAUGCCUUGGUAAUUGAUGCAUAA